AAGUCUUUGUGGUCCAGACUGGAGGUCCGGUUGUUGCUUGGUUCGAGUUCCUUGCAGUUAGCAGCUCCAUGCUAACUUGCUUGAGGGCUCCUGUUGCAGAUCUUCAGGUUCUCCUGUGUCUGCCUGAAGAAGAACAGGUUCUGGAUGAUGAAGAGUAAAGCUGAUGAGGAGGAUUACUGGAACAGCUCCAAGUUUAAAGCCUUCACAUUUGACGAUGAGGAUGAUGAGUUCACUAAGCUGAAGGAGUCCAGGCAGGCUGUGAACAGCAUCUGCGGCCUGGUGGAGGAGGAGGAGGAUGAAGACGAGGUGGAGAAGGUCAGCUGGAGCGGAGAGCCUGUUGGAAGUAUCUCGUGGUCGGUCAGGGAGACGGCGUCCAGCCUGCGAGAGCAGAGCUUCCCCAAGAUCGACACGACGCCGUCGCUGCCCAAGAACAGCUCGGGGUACUCGCUGAGCUCGCUCUUCAAAGGCAAGACCAAAAGCUUCCAGUCCUUCUCUGAGGUGCUCAGCGACUCGUCCGUCAGACUCUAUGCUCCUGAGCUGCGAAAACCCAAAUCUGAAUACAAGGAUUACGUCAGUGAUUGGUCGCCUGAGGAGACUGUCCACAGGAUGCAGCAGGGGAAGGCUGUCUCUCUGGAGAAGUUCCGCUCUCUGCAGGAGAAGCUGCUGCUGCUGGACGAGGCGGUCGGCGUGCACGACGGGAACGUCAUCACCGCUGUUUUAAUCUAUUUAAAGAAGUCUCUCAGUAAAGAGGUUUUGUUUCGGGAGCUGGAGAGCAGACAGACGGCUCUCAGACACUUCAUCCACUACCUGACCGAGAGCAAAGAGCAGAGACUGCUGCUGGAGCUCUACAGGGCUCUGGGCAGGACGGAGGACGAGGCGCUGCUUCAGUAUAAAGAGCACCUGAGGAUCACAGAUGAAAACAAGCGGAGGGACUUCCUGAAGAGCUGUGUCAGCCUGCCCUUUUCCCCAGAGGACGCAGGUCACGUUCAGGACCACUACACCCUGCUGGAGAGGCAGAUCAUCAUCGAGGCAACCGACAGGCAGGCGGAGACUGGCGGGAAAGUGGAAAUCUUCCAGAAGUUUCCCAGACGAGCUUCCAUCCUCAACAUGCCGCUCAUCACCACCUUGUACUACUGCUGCUUCUACCACUACGCCGAGACCGAGGGUACCUACAGCAGUCCAGCCAACAUCCGUCAGACGUUCAGGAUAGCGGAGAAGCAGUACUUUGUGACGGCGCUGGCGGCGCGGGCGAAGCUGAAGGCGUGGCACGACGUGGACGCCUUGUUCACCAGCAGGAACUGGCUGGGCUUCACCAGGAAGAAGUCGCCGCUCAGCUUCAGCAGGGUGGCCGACAUCCUGAGCAAGAACAACGCCCCCGUGCAGGUGCUGCAGGAGUACGUGGGCCUGGUGGACGACGUGGAGCUCAGAGUCGCUCUGGCUCAGAAAUAUAAAUGUCACUUCAUCGUCAUCAGUACGUACCGAGACCUGAAGGACCGGCAGCUGUUGCUAGGAUACCGAGGGAAAGUGGAGCGAGGCUCAGAGGAGGAGAGGAAGAUCGACGAGUUACUCAGCAACCCGCAAAUCCGAUGGAAGAACUGAGGCGAGAGGCAGCUUCACACCGACGCUUCGAUGUCGCCGCUUCAGACCAGAUUAUUGGGCCGCUUGUGUGUGAACCAGCCGGGCGUCUGUCCAAACUCAGGAACAGAUGAUCUCUGCUGGGACGUCCUGCCAGCUCUCCUCAGCCAACCUCACGUCACAAGGAAUAAAACUAAACAAAACUCUUUUUUUGUACUAUGUAUAUUUUGGAUUUUCUUUUCUAUUAUACAUGCACUCACAUAAAACUGCAUACAUCACAAGACUAAAUGACAAUAAAAGAAAAAAAAGCACAAAAACAGAAAAAGAAAGGAAAAAACUUUAAUAAAUAAAACAUGUAAGGAAAUCAUUUCAUAUCUGCUGAGUCUCUGAUGGAAAUCUCAACCAAUAAAUUUGUUCUGUCGCUGC